CAUUCGUCUUCAGCUUGUUAGGAAGCCCCCCUUACUCGCGUCUGUGAACCUGACUGUGUGUGUGUGUGAGAGAGAGAGAGAGAGAGAGAGAGAGAGAGAGAGAGAGAGAGUGAGAUGAAGUCUGUUGACGCAAACCGACCAGCUUUUCCUUGCUCAGUUAUUAGUCUAGUUUUUUUACGCCCUCUGCUUUAAUAUAGUGAUCUGAUAUGGGACCGCGUGUCACUGUCACGGUUCCGCUGUCAUGUUCGUUACCGGCAGAAUGUUGAGCAACACCGGUGGAGUCGCGAGGGAAUUCCUAAUGUGGAGCGCUAUCUGGUUCACAGACAACUGACCCCAAAACAAGGAACAUGAGACGCGGUAAAGUUCCCAUACCGAUACUGGAUGUACUAUCGGCUAUUCUGCUGCUCAUGCACCUGUCUGAAAUGGCAACCAGGGCUGCAGCAAUGGUGUCCAGCAGGGUGUCAGUAGAGAGCAGUUGUCCUCUGGGCCAGUUUCCCUGUGGUAAUGUGACAGUGUGUCUACACCAGGCUCUACAGUGUAAUGGACAUAGAGACUGUCCCAAUGGAGCCGACGAGGACAACUGUGGAGACAACAGCGGAUGGGCGGACAUCUUUGAUCGAACCAUCAGGAAGGUCCAACCACAGGUCCUACCGUUACCAGAAGACUGCUUCUUGCAGCAGUACCCACAGCGUUGUGACUGUAUCAAGACAGAGCUGGAGUGUGUGGAAGUCAACCUACAUGACGUUCCUCAAGUCUCCACCAAUGUCACCUGGCUGUCUCUGAAGAGUAACGAGAUAAAGAGACUGUCGGACAACAUCUUCUCCAAAUACACACACCUGCAGAGACUGUUCUUACAGAAUAACAGCAUCCAGACAAUCUCCACUCAAGCCUUCAGUGGACUCUACAAACUGGAGAGACUGUUUCUCAGUGAGAACUCCAUCUCAUCUCUCAGCCCGGGUGUGUUCAGUGAUCUCCGUAAUUUAUGGUGGCUGGUGUUGGAUCACAACCCCCUGAACAGUGUUUCCCAAGACACCUUCACCGGCCUCACCUCCCUCAUGUUCCUCUCCAUGGUUAAUACAUCUCUGGUGCAGCUCCCCCAGCCCAGCCUCUGUCACCACACACCUAACCUCAGCUGGGUGGAUUUUGAGGGCAACCAGGUCUUAACCAUUAGCUACUCUACUCUGAUGACCUGCAGCCACCUCACAGUACUGCUCCUAAUGGACAACAAGAUCACAACUCUUCCUGAGAACACUUUUCAGUCUCUAGUGGUUCUAGAAGAACUAGACCUGUCGGACAACCGGAUUACUGAGCUCCCCAACAACACCUUUAAGAGCCUAAAGUCUCUCGUCAAACUGAACAUAUCCCAUAAUCCUCUGUUCCACAUCCACCCGGGUCACUUUGAUCACCUGACCCAGCUCCAGUCCCUAGGUCUGGAGGGUAUUGAGAUUCCAGACAUCCAGACGAAGAUGUUUGUACCCAUGGGAAACCUCUCACACAUCUACUUCAAGACAUUCCAGUACUGUUCCUAUGCGCCCCACGUGAGAACGUGCAAGCCCAACACAGACGGUAUCUCUUCCUUCGAGGACCUGUUAGCUAACGUGGUGCUCAGGGUCUCUGUGUGGGUCAUGGCCUUCAUCACAUGUUUUGGGAACCUCUUUGUCAUCGGGAUGAGGUCUCUGAUCAGGGCAGAGAACAACUUGCACGCCGCCUGCAUCAAAGUCCUCUGCUGUGCAGACUGUCUGAUGGGUGUGUACCUGUUCUUUGUUGGUGUGUUUGACGUGAAGUUCCGAGGGGAGUACAAUCGGAACGCUCUCCUGUGGAUGGAGAGUGUGGAAUGUCGAACCAUCGGAUUCCUGGCUAUGCUCUCCUCAGAGGUAUCAGUUCUGCUGCUGACCUACCUGACUAUGGAGAAGUUCCUGGUCAUAGUGUUUCCCUUCAGCCACCUGAGACCUGGUAAACUACAGACUGUGGUGGUGCUAGUGUCUAUCUGGGUGCUGGGGUUCAUCAUCGCUGUGGUUCCCUUGCUGAACGACGAUCUGUUUGGGAACUACUAUGGUCGUAAUGGGGUCUGCUUCCCCCUACACUCUGACAGACAGGAGAAACCCACUGCUAAAGGAUACUCUAUCGGAAUAUUCCUUGGUCUGAACCUGGUAGCCUUCCUGGUGAUCGUGUUCUCCUACUCCUCCAUGUUCUACUCCAUCUAUAAGACUGGAAUCAAUGCUACAGACCUGAGGAGCAGGCUACACAGAGAUGUGGCUGUAGCUAACAGGUUCUUCUUCAUCGUCUUCUCUGACGCCCUCUGCUGGAUCCCCAUCUUCCUGGUCAAGAUACUGUCCCUGCUGCAGGUCGAGAUACCAGGUACCAUCUCAUCCUGGGUGGUGAUCUUUAUAUUACCCAUCAACAGUGCCCUGAACCCUAUCCUCUACACCCUGACUACCAGCUUCUUCAGAGAACAGGUGGAGGUGCUGCUGUGUCGCUGGCAGAGGCGGUCGACCAUGAAGAAGAACAGGAAGAGCCUGACCUCCUCUAUCAUACAUGGAGGCCUCACGGAAUACAUCCUAUCACCCCCCAGUCUACCUACUGACAUGGACCCUCGCUAUGGGUGAGGGAAGGAGGGAGAGACAUACUACCACCCCCCUUCAUAUCUGCCCAGAAUUUCAUUGGAUCCUGACUGUGGGUAGAAAGGGGGAGAGUGGAGUAAAGAGGAAGGACAGUAUUCAUUUUACCACCCCCUGAAUCCCACUGACUGAGAUAUGAAGGCAUCUCUCCACCUGGGGAAGGAGAGGGGAUAUUUGACUGAUCUAUUGCUCCUCUCUCCACACCUCCCUGCAGCUCCAGCCAGAGGACUAGAGGACUACUUCUUAAUUAACCAUUCAUGUAAUACCAUUAAGACCAGGGCUGCCCUGGAGAGGGCUGUUUCAGACUAUUACUGCUGCAAAUGGAUUGCUCUUUAGGGACAAUAUUGAUUUGUGCUCAAAGCUCCAAGCUCUUCACUGUACAGUAUGGGAGAAAUUCACCUCACCCACCUCAUCCACUACAGUACUUACUAUGUCGCAGGGUUGGAGCCAAUUCGAAUUGAAGGUAGUCAAUUCAGGAAGUUAUUUGAAUUUGAACUUUAGAAAUAAACAGCUUUCACUUAUAGUUUCUUGAGAAGCAAUUUCAAAUAGAUGGCCCUUUUCGAAUGCCUUCAGUUCGAAUGGACACCAACCAUGCCAUGUAGCGCCGAUAAAUGAAUGGACCCCAACCGUGCCAUGUAGCGCCGAUAAAUGAAUGGACCCCAACCGUGCCAUGUAGCGCCGAUAAAUGCUGGGACUGGGAGGAUGUAGGACCUGUUUACAUAUGGACUCCUUAUCAACAAACCUCUUUGUUUGUUUGUUUGUUUGUUUGCUUGUACAUAAGCAACUGAACUGUGUGAUUGUUUAAUAAUCUAGCUCCCAUUGGUUGUGUGUGUGUCACAAAUGGCCCUUUUGUUCCCUGUGUAGUACACUUCUUUGGGCCAUGUUGGGACGUGGACUUUCUUCUUUGUGGAGUCUGUUAAUCUUACAUGAUGAGAAGAUUCUUACCCGUGGUCACAUGUCUGUGUACUGUACAUGCCCACUGGGCACAAACUGGUUGAAUUUAUGUUGGGGGGGGUUUUUCAACAUCAUUUGUCAACGUAUUGUGAGGUGGAAUCUACGUAUAAAAAUACAUUGAAUUUGCAAAAAGUCAUCAACUGUUGUUUUGAGGUGGAAUUUCAAUCACAGGAUUAUGUCAUCAUUGUAACACAUUUUCAACAUAGACAAACCUUGUAAAAUAUGUUACAUUUCUACCUUUGGAAAAAUGUCAGAUCUUUAACGUUAUAUUCACUCGCAGACAGAAAAGCAAUGGGUCGGGCAGCACCUCCUACUGGAGAGUUGGUCUAUCUACAGCUAUCCCUUCGGUCUCCCAUCCAGGGAUUUAAACAAGCCCAGCUUUGCUUUGAUAUUUGUUACAAACUAUUACCGAUAGGGGCGCAACUUUGGUUUUAGAAGUGGGGGGGGGGGGCAUAAUUAUUAUUAUUAUUAUUUUUUAUAUAUUUUUAAUCGAGAUAAACACUCCAAACAGCCUACCCGACCGCUUGGAGGCGUCCGCAUGGUCCUAAAGCAAACCGUUGCCUGUUUUGUAUCACAUUCCAAUUAUAAAAUUGGCCAGGACAAAAAUGCAAUUUCAGAACGUGGGGGGGGGACAUGUCCCGAAAGUUGCUCCCCUAGUGAGAAUGAUUGAGAGCUCUCCAAUUAAAAACAAAAUACAUUCACUGUUGCUAUGGAAGUCAUUUCAAAGGGUAGGUUUAAAAGAGCAAAUUAAACACUGUAGAAUAAUACUUCAUCAAUGAGACUAUUUAGGCCUAUAUAGUAUUUGCAAAGUUCCAGGUGGAACCCUUUUGUGUUCCAAUGUAGAACCCUUUCCUGAAGAGUUCUACCUGGAACCAAAACGGGUUCUACCAGAAACCAAAAAGGGUUCUCCUAUGGGAACAGCAGCAGAACCCUUUUGGGUUCCAUGUAGAACCCUUUCAUGAAGAGUUCUACCUGGAACCAAAACGGGUUCUACCAGAAACCAAAAAGGGUUCUCCUAUGGGAACAGCAGCAGAACCCUUUUGGAACCCUUUUUUCAAAUUUAAUUUAACAUUUUCAUGAAUAUAUUGGAUUCAUGUCUCCAUCUCAACCAAAAAAUCUAAGUUAAAUGAAUAUUACUUUAUUUAAAAUGUGUUUGAUUUAGUCCUAUUCUUUAUUAACUUAGAUUUUUUGGUUGAGAUGGAGGGCCUGAAUACAAACUGGAAUUAAAACCAAACGAAUGCCCAGAUUCAAUCAGAUCGAGCGUUAACCAUCGUUGGCCGACAUCCCCACAGCAGAUGUUUUGACGGUGUUGGAGCUGUAUCUACAGUAUGAGCUGAUACAUACUGUAGGUAAGUGGCUGCUUUGGUGUGUCUCAAACCACUCCCUUCCUUAGAAGUAUUAAGUGUAGUCUGUAUCAAUGUUAGAAAUAACUGUCAAGUGUCAAACUGUUGAUGUCAAACCAGUGAGCCGUUCGCAGUUUCACUGUACCGGCCCUGUGUACUUAGACUUGCAUGGCUUAAUCUUUGAGACAAACAUAUGUUAGGCUAAUGCAUGUUUAAAUGUUCAUUUGGAGGAGCGGAUUUAUAGCCUAGCAGUCGAAUUCAAGUUUUUGGCUGUGUUGGAUUUGUCGGUUUAUAGUGGUUUCAUUGCAGUGUCUAUGAUGAGGCAAGGCAACGAGCCACUUGUGGAUUUGACAGCUCUAAUGCAGUUCCACCUCCGACACCUCCAUACAACAACCACCCUGUGGAUGUUAUUGAAUCCAUCCCUUAGUAAGUGGCACAGAUUAAACUAUCCAAGAAGAAGAUAAUCUCCUUCAAAUGUGGAUGGAUAUUUGGUUACGUUUUCAACCAAACAGAAUUCAAUAUGACUUUUGUAAUACAGUAAAUAUCCUAAAGUGAAGGUUAUUUGACAUACUAAUGUACACAUCCAUGGCCAUAUUUUGAGGUUACUGUAGCUUUAAAUGUCUUUAUAUAAUCAAAGCAUGCAUGUUCAAGAUAGCGUACAAAGGUCGCAGGUCGGUGGAGAUCUUCACCAUUACUGUAAUAAUCUGUGCAGAAUCUCCAACAGCGUUGAUCUCUUGCACCAUGUACUUUUUAAAUGUAAUCUCAACUGCAAUCGAGUUAUUUUGGUUCUGCUUUUAAGAUAAAGCAAAGUGAGAACACAUUACAUUGUUGUAUAAAUAAACCAAAUAUCUGGCAUUGUA